CCCUAAUAGGUUUUUAUUUUGUUGUCUGUGCCUCAGAUGUUUUGUAAAGUUUUGUUUGAGUUAUUUUAUUAAUUCCAAAAACUACCAUGGUGGAUACUAAAAUAAAAAUGGAACCAACUGAUUUUGAAGACCACCAUGAAACCAAUAUUAAUGUAAAAAUAAAAACGGAAGAAGAGCUGAUAAUUGAAAGCGAUAGCCAAUGGUUGCCAGUAAAAUUAGAAGAUGAACAAAAUGAGUAUUAUCAAGAUUUAGUGGAGGAUUGCGCACCGCCAGCAUAUGAUCAUUUUACAAUUGAAUAUAUAGAUGAAAAAGAAGAUUAUAGUAAUGAUGACGACGAGGAAGAUAGUGAUGAUGAUGACGAUAGUGAUGAUGAUGACGAUAGUGAUUAUGAGGUGGAAAGUGAAGGAGGUGAUAAAACCAUGGCCAAUGAUUCUGAUGGAUAUGACAAUAUGGAUACUGAAUAUAAUAUAGAAUUAGAGAACUAUGCCAUUAAUUUUACAGAAGAUUCUGAGACACAAGAAAAAUUUGUCGAUAAGAAUGAAUCGUUAGAAAACAAAGUUUUGUAUAAAUUCACUUUAAAUAAGUGGCUUUUUCGUAAGUAUGUUAUGCGUGAAUGUCCAACAUGUAAUGAACAAUUGACUUAUUAUAAUGAGUACCGACGACAUAUAGAAAUAAAUCAUCAAGAUGCCAUUAAAGAAUCUGAAUCUAAUUAUUACCUCUCUGGUAAUUGCGGAGUAUGUAAAGAAUGCAACAAAGAAUAUAUCUCGGGUUUUACUCGGUAUAUGCACUCAAUAAAACACACAGAAGAUGCGGAAAAUGUAGUUAUCAACAUAUGCAAAAUAUGUAAUUAUAAAUCAUCCAAAAAUGUACCCAUUCAAACUCAUAUUAUAAAGGAGCAUCCAGAAGUAGUCGAAAAAUUCAAAGCAAUUCGUAAUGUGAAUAAAACAUACAAGUGUACAAUUUGUCGCAACACUUACAGUAAAUGUAAUGAGUUGUGGUAUCACUUUAUGGACACGCAUCCCCAAGAAUAUAAAGCAAAAUUUAUUUUUAACUGCCAUAUAUGCCAGCAUGACCGAUUUUGUGAGGAAGAGUUGUAUUUGCAACAUCUAAUGGAAAAACAUAAAUUAAAUUCAUGGAAAGUAUUGAAUUAUCGGAAACUAUUCGAUGAUAAGGAAUACUUUGCAUGUAUAACAUGUCAUAGAAUAUUUAUUAAAAAUGAUACUCGCACGUUAUUAAGCCACUAUCUGGAGCACAAAAACAGUUGCUAUUGGACGUGUAAAUUUUGCUCCAAAGAAAAUAUUGUUAAAAAAUCUAAUUACAGUCAUUUGUGUAUUAAAAUGCUGAAAUACUAUGAAAAACGCUAUAAAGAUGUCAAUAUCGACAAAGCGCCAGUAAUGCAUUCUAAUAGUAGGAACUAUAACGAUAUCAAAGUUGAGAAAGCGCCUGAAAUGCAGGCUAAUAUUAGAAAGAAACUACAAAAUUUACAGGAAUUUGAAGAGUAUAUCGUGCAUGUAUGUCCAUUUUGUAAAACAGAAUUUAGCAAAUUGAUAAAAUGGCAACAACAUUUGAGGAAUGUUCAUGAGAUUGACACGCUAAAAGGUUUGGAAAUGAAAGUAAUUCCAGAUAAUAGCAAUAAAUUAUGUUGUGUCAUUUGUCAUACAGUGGUGGCAAAUUCUCCAGUACAAUUACAUGCUCAUCGAUUUCAACAUUUACCCUACAUGCCCUACAAAUGCCUGCAUUGUUCGGUAUCGUUAAGCACAUUUAAGAUGGCCGUUAACCAUGUCUUAAAGCGAUGUAAGGAUGAGGAGGAUAGAGAUUAUAUUAAAAAUGUAUUAGUCCCUAAAAUUAUCGAACCAAGUAAUAAGGUUCGAGCUAAGGUUCAGAUGCGAUGCCCAUUCUGUAACUACAAAAAAUUCCGCUUUGUUAAAAAAGCUUUGAAACACUACGAAGACGAGCACAAUAACUUCGAAGAAUUAUUUUCAAAACAUCCCAGUGACGGUACAGUGACCUGUAAAGUUUGUGGCAAGCAAUAUGCACAAUACGAAAAAAAUGUGUGUUUCCAACAUUUGCAAUAUCAUUUUGAAGAAAAAACCUUUAAAUGUCCAUUGUGCCCAAUCUCGUAUGUCAUGUUUCAGAAUUGUUUACGCCAUUUAAGUUUGAAUCAUUAUGCCAAAACCUUAAAUCAACAAGAGUCAAAAGAAAAAUCAAACGUUCCAGAAACAUCUAGUUUACUAAAUAAAGAAGAUAAAUUACCGCAGUAUCCAAUUAUGACCCAGUUAGCUAAGCCUUCAAUUAAAACAUAUGUGCUAAAUGAAUUUGCUGAAUUUAUAACCUAUGCUUGUCCUGAGUGCAAUGAAGGUAUGACAAAGCAACAGGACUGGCAACAUCACAUUUCCACACAGCAUAAUUUUUUUGACGAAUCAAACUUAAGUAUUAAAGAAGCUGAUGGUUCUCUAAAAUGUCCAACAUGUAAGUUAAAUAUGCCUAGCUCCACAGCCCAGCGACAAAAACACAGGCUGACCCAUAUGCCGUUUCGAUCAUUCAUAUGUAGUUUAUGCUAUGUGCGUUGCAAUUCUUUGGGUGUACUCUAUGGACAUUUUCGUAGAGUACAUUUUGCACAGGGCACAUUCGAGUGUCCCAUUUGUACAGAAGUUUUACAAACAUCAUACCAAAGAACGAAACAUAUAAAGGAAAUACAUCCUCGCAACGAAUGGCCUUCCAGUAUGUGCUUAAUAUGCUACAAAAUGUUGUCCACUAAGUCAUCUGUAAACUCGCACAUGACCAUACACGAUGGAGAUCGUUUGAAGUACACAUGUGAAGUCUGCGGUUCCAAACUAAUAGGAUUAAAAGAUUUUAAAAUGCACACGGCUAGACAUGAAAGUAGAGGCGAAAUCAAGGAUCAAAAGAAAGCGAUAGAUGAUGACAUCCCUUUACAGUCGGAAUCCAAAAUUACUCAAACUAUUGAAAAUGUUGAUGUGAAACGAUCCAUGAAUUCAAAUAUAGAUCUACAUAUUUCUAAAGAGGAAAUUUUAAAUAAAAGAAAAUCUCUUACAAAUAAAAAAACGGAUACAAAUUCUGCAGCUACAAAAAAUAUAAAAACGGAUACUAAUUCUUCAGCUACAAAAAAGAAAAAAACCGAUACAAAAUAAAUAGUGAAUUUAACAUUACAUACUACUUUUAUUUAACUUUAUCUUUUAUUUAAUUAAAAAAAAAGAUUUGCGUUAAACAAAUUACUAAAGAUAAUAAAAAUAUUUAUUUUAAAUAAUACAAA